AUGGUUGUUGACACACUUAGUCAAAAGAUAUGGUUAGUGGGAGAUGAAAUGACCGAAGAAGAUCAACGAAAGGCAGCCAAAGGAACAGUAUUUAUACCAUUUUCGCAAUUUCCACCCAAAAGGGUGCGCAAAGACUGCUUGUAUCACAGCACACCAGCAAUGCAGAGUCCCAGGGCACUUGAGAACGUGGAUUCCUGUGAGAAUUGGCUGCCGAGGAGAGUGAUGAGCGUAUCGCGCACGGCCAGGAUCGUACAUGGUCUGGGAGGGUGGGAGGAGCAUGAAUGUGGUUCCACCAUGUCAAACAUUGAUAAAGUUUGGGAAGCAUGUCUCAAGCAUGGAUUUCAGCCUCUGAGGAUCCCAGCUCUAUCAAAAUACCGGAUGAUCAUUUAA